UUUUAUGAAAAGCGCUGUGAGAUAACUGUUGUUGUGAUUUGGCGCUAUAUAAAUAAAAUUGAAUUGAAUUUUAUAAACUUAACCUUAACCUUAAAUUCAAGCCCUUUUAGUCUUGAAAUGGCCUCUCAGCAAAGUGAACUGAACUUAAAAGUGAUCUGAGCGUCUCGUGUAUGUGUUUUUCUCUCCCUUGUAGACAUCCAGGACAUAAACUCCCGGCAUGCCUCAAUGUUGUCCCUGCUGCAAUCCUGUCCCGACUCCAACCGGCACACCUUCCUGUACAUACUGCACCACCUGCAACGAGUCUCAGAGAAGCAAGACAUCAACAAGAUGUCUCUAAUGAACCUGGCUACAGUGUUUGGUCCGAGCCUCUUACGCCCCCCUGUGGUUGGACUGGGGUACAACGGGCCCACUGUGGAUAUUUCCCAGGAGGUGGUGGUACAGGUCCAAGUGGUUUUCUGCUACCUGCAGUGCAACAACCUCCCUGAAGCCCAGACCUCUCUGCCACAUGACACAGACGCUGAAGAGGAGACCACCCAUAUGUGAGACCACCAUCAGUGUCCCGGCUCGCGGGAAAUUCAAACACUUUGUGCAAAACAAUUAAAUUAAAUUAAAAAAGAUAUGCUAUUUUUCACUUCUGAAACCACAGUUGUAACAUUUUCAGUGUUAAACACAUUUAAAUAAAAGCAUUUUUUUAUUA